GGUGCCCUUUCCCAUAUCGUAAGUGCUUAAUAGAAUCCGGAACUACAUAACAUUUACAAAUUAUUGCUUAUUUAUUGAAAGAAAUCUUGGUGCGCUAAUGAAUGUUAUUAAAGCAAUUAUUGGAACGGGUAUAUUGGUCGCACCUAUGGCGUUUUACAAUGCCGGCUGGUUGAAUGCUUUGAUUAGUACAACUUUAAUUGGUCUUAUUGUCUUAUAUUCUAAACAAAUAUUGAUGUCUGGCUUGUAUGAGAUAGCAAAACGAAGACGAGUGCCAGUCUUUACGUAUGCCGAGGGCGUGGUGGAAGCACUUGCUGAGGGUCCACCGUGUAUGCGUGGACUGCAGAGAGUAUUACGUUGCAGUGUGAACUCAUUUCUUUUCGUUUAUCAUUUCGGUUCCUGUUGUGUCUACGUUGUUUUCAUAGCGAAUUGUGUGAAAGAUCUUGGUGAUCAUUAUUGGUCCAUUUGGGAUAGUCGAAUAUACAUGUGCUACGAAAUCCUCCCACUAUGUUUGAUUUACUGUAUACCGAACUUGAAGUCAUUGGUUCCUUAUGCGAUGAUCGCAAAUUUUUCACUAUUGUUUGGAUUCGGUAUCAUUUUCUAUUACAUGUUAACUAACCUCAAACCGUUUGAAGAAUUGAACGCAUUUCAAGAUUUUCGCCUUUAUCCUCUCUUCAUUGGAGCCACUCUGUUUGCCUUUGAAGCACCAGGAUUGGUGGUUUCCAUUGAGGCGAAUAUGAAAAAUCCGAAAUCUUAUGUUGGCUUAACCGGCAUUUUGAGUCAGGGUAUACUCAUCGUCAUCCUACUGCAGCUUUUCUUUGGUCUAUUCGGUUAUUGGCGUUAUGGUGAUGAAAUCAAGUCGGCUAUUCUACAGAGUCUGCCAUACGAUGAGAUUCUUGGUAACACUGCCCGCGUUAUUUUCGCAUUUUCCAUGUUCAUUUCCCACCCCCUGCAAGGCUAUGUAGCCAUCGAUGUCAUGUGGAAUAAUUGGUUGAAGGAAAAGGUGGCAGAAAAUAUGGCAUUCGCACUGGAAUUGGCGUUUCGAAUGUGUCUUGCAAUUUGCUCAGUGUUAUUUGCCAUAGCUCUCCCAAAUUUAACUUUAAUUCUUUCAUUCGUCGGUGCCUUUUGCCUUUCAUUUUUGGGUCUGAUUUUUCCAGCCAUCAUUGAUAUUUCUGUUAGAUACGAAACUGGCUAUGGACCCGCUAAAAUAUAUUUAUUAGCCAGUAUUCUGCUGAUCAUUUUCGCUGUUAUUGGAGGUAUAACUGGUUCAUAUGUUCCAAUCGAACAAAUGGUCAGGCUUUACAUCAAUGGGACAGAUUUGACCGGAUGAAGCCCGUGAAACAAAAAUUAAGUUGAUGAGAGAUAGAAGUGUAUUCACAUAAAUACAUACAUACGUGCAUAAAG